UAGCUGAGGUAGGUUUAGUCUGCAUCCACUGAUGACCUAUCCCCGGAGGGUAGGCGCUGUACUGGACGCUGCGGGGGACCUGUUGCUUGAUCACGCUUUUUUGGUUACCCCUGAAGUCUCUUUCGUCUGACUUGGUGCCAGUCUUGUCACUGGCACAUCAUGGCUUCCAGUCACACUGUGUUGAUGCGGUUGGUGGCUUCAGCAUAUUCUAUUGCUCAAAAAGCAGGAACGAUAGUCAGGCAUGUUAUUGCUGAAGGAGACCUGGGUAUCGUGGAGAAGACCUGUGCAACAGACCUGCAGACCAAGGCGGACCGAUUAGUUCAAAUGAGCAUAUGCUCUUCUUUGGCACGGAAAUUCCCCAAACUAACAAUUAUAGGGGAAGAGGAUCUGCCUCCUGAAGAUGUGGAUCAAGAGCUGAUUGAAGAUGGUCAGUGGGAGGAGAUACUGAAGCAACCAUGCCCAUCACAGUACAGUGCUAUCAAAGAGGAAGAUCUUGUGGUCUGGGUUGAUCCUCUGGAUGGUACCAAGGAAUAUACUGAAGGUCUUCUUGACAAUGUAACAGUUCUUAUUGGAAUUGCUUAUGAAGGAAAAGCCAUAGCAGGAGUUAUUAACCAGCCAUAUUACAACUACCAGGCAGGACCAGAUGCUGUGUUGGGGAGAACAAUCUGGGGAGUUUUAGGUUUAGGUGCCUUCGGGUUUCAGCUGAAAGAAGUGCCUGCCGGGAAACACAUUAUCACAACUACCCGGUCCCACAACAGCCAGUUGGUUACGGACUGCGUUGCUGCUAUGAACCCUGAUGAUGUGCUGCGAGUGGGAGGAGCAGGAAAUAAGAUUAUUCAGCUGAUUGAAGGCAAAGCCUCUGCUUAUGUAUUUGCAAGUCCUGGAUGUAAGAAGUGGGAUACCUGUGCUCCAGAAGUCAUUUUACAUGCUGUGGGAGGCAAGUUAACCGAUAUCCAUGGAAAUGCCCUUCAGUAUAACAAGGAAGUGAAGCACAUGAACUCAGCUGGCGUCCUGGCCACACUGAGGAAUUAUGACUACUAUGCAAGUCGAGUUCCUGAAUCUGUUAAAAAUGUACUUGUUCCUUGAAGGGAAAUCUCGUCGACUCAGCCAGGAGAAGGACUUGCUCCUCAAAAUAAUACAUUUUAAAACUAACUGGAUGGAAUUUGAGCUCUACCUUUACUUCAUUCACUGUUGAUCACCGAUUUACAUUUGGUUACUUAGGAGUAGAAAAUUGAAUUUUUAAACAUCUUGAUUAAUGAAUCAACCAGACCAAUUUUAACAUCUGGAAAACUUGUAAAGUCAGUAUAUUUCACAUUUCAUUUUUCCUCGUUUUAUUUGGAGCAAUGAAAGAAAAGCUUAGUUCCAACUGGCCAUCCUGGUGCACUGUUGAAUCAGCAUUCCUGUUUUGUAAACCAGAUUUCUUUAGGGCACAGAACCACAAGUUAUUACCUAAAUCUCAUUCUUGUCUUUCACAGUAAUGUAAAAAGUUUUCCUACUCCCAUUCUGAAUACAUUAAAAUAUCAUUCUAUAUGUUGAUGAAACAGAUUUUGGAGAAACAUUUCUUUAUAAUAAAUCAUUUAAUUCUAGGUCUCUCUGUUAUUCACCAGCUUUUUUUGUUUUUAAGUAGUUGGAAACUAUGUAUUCUCUACUGUGGGCAUUACUUUAUUCUUAUGACAUCAUUAUGCAGUUUAACUGUGGAAAGUUAGGUAAUUGCUCCUAUUCCUUCCAAAGGAAGAUUAUAAUGUAUGCUAUCAAAAUUAUUCUGACAUUCUGCCUAGGUU